GGGCGGGGCUGGGAGCCUCUGGCUCUCCCGGUUCGGCCAGCCUGAGCCUCUCCUUCCCAGCCUGACCUCUCCCCUCCUCACGAUGGCGGCUCGGGGGCUGCGGAGAAGGCCGCGCCUCUGGCAGUUUCUGUUGCCCACGGUGCUGGCCUUGAACUUGGCCUCCGUCCAGGCCCAGCAGACGCCGCGCACCCCGGAGCGCGGGCCCCCGGUGCGACUCUUUACGGAGGAGGAGCUGGCCCGCUACGGCGGGGAGGAGGAAGACCAGCCCAUUUACCUGGCAGUGAAGGGGGUAGUAUUUGAUGUCACUUCUGGAAAGGAGUUCUAUGGGAGGGGAGCACCAUACAAUGCCCUGGUUGGGAAAGACUCUACAAGAGGAGUGGCCAAGAUGUCUUUAGAUCCUGCAGACCUCACACAUGAUACUACUGGACUCACAGAAGAAGAGCUGAAGUCCCUGGAUGAUAUCUUUACUAAUGUAUACAAAGCCAAAUAUCCUAUUGUUGGCUACACAGCACGUCGUAUCCUAAAUGAUGAUGGCAGCCCUAACCGGAACUUCAAGCCUGAGGACCAGCCCCAUUUUGACAUUAAGGACGAGUUCUGACAGUCUGCUAGAGGGAAUCCCUUGAUGGAAAGAUGGAACUCAAAGGGAACUUGGUAGACUUCUGCAUUAGCUGAGGAAUGAGAGAAGUGACUUCAUACAUCAUAAGUACUCAAAGUGUCCCAUUCUGGAAUAUCUGAAUCACUUUUUGAUAUGAAUAAAAUGAACUUUUACAUAGAA